AUGAUUGCUCAUAAUGCAAACGCAAACAUUUGUUAUCAAAUAUAUAUUUUUAAAUGUCUUCCGUUAUUGUUUACCUGUUGCUUAUGUAGAGUACAUAAACUAAGGGACACAGGUGUUUACGUGUUAUUUACAUUAGGUACUUGCUCAUGGAUUAUGGUAAAAGGUACAGUAUAUUGAAACAAGUACGGUAGUGGUCACGCUUCAAGAAAUCGAGAAAUCCGGGGGAAAGAGGGCGCACUUGUCUGAAAUGGAAAAGCGCCGUGGUAGCUACUAUAUUGAUAAAGAAGUCGGAUGCACUUUUGAGCGCUACAUCCCGAGGAGUUCGUUCUGCUUGUGACAGCCGGUUAAAUGGCGUCCCUUGACAAGAUGUAUGUCAGAAGAAGUGCAGUAUUAUCAUAAGGAGAGUUAUACUUGGAAUACGGAGGAGGAAUGGAGCGGAAAAGAAGCAGAGGAGGUCUAAGAGAGGAAGAGGGUGAACUUGAGUCGGUUAAAACGGGGGGAAAUUGAAAUUGUUAAAGAAGAAUGGUAGAAAGUGUAACAGAGUGAGUUGAAGACAGGAGGAGAAAUGGAAGUGAUCGAGGGCGAAGUAUCGGAGGUGGUAGGAGUGGUGAAGUUCUCGGGGCCCGAGGCUUGCACUGAGGGUCAGGAUAAAGAUGAGUCUGUGACAGUAGGAGGGAUUUUUUUUUUUAAAGUGGACCCCUUUGAUCCAUUUGAGGUUUAAGGGUGGGUGAAAACAGAGUUGGAUGUUGUGGAAUCGCUGAGGGUAACCAGAAGUGGUCUUGUGAUAAUUGUAUGUGUUUCUGCUGGUCAGGGGGAGCGCGGUGUUAAACCUUUUGGUAGGCCGUCAUUGUAUUUAAGAAUGUGUUCUUAACUGACUUGCCUAGUUAAAUAAAGGUUAAAUAAAUAAACAAAAUGGGGGCAAGAUAUGUGAAUUGUUUUGCUCUCAAGAAAAGGGUGCCAUUGAAAUGAGUUAUUACUGGGGUUGUUUGGUGCAAAGCAGACAGACAGGGUGGCGUGAGGGGAGAAACAGAAGAUUCAUUGUCUGUUCUUUUGAGUUUUUAUGUUGAGUCUUUGCCGGACAGUGAUGUUAGGAUAUAUAAGUUAUCCUGUAUGAGCUUUUGUGCCGACUACAUUACGUUGUUACAGGUGUCAAGCUUAUGGGCAUGUGGCAGCAGUGUUUAGGAGUGAGGUUCCUAGAUGUGAGAAGUGUGCAGAAGAGCAUGAGACGAAGAAGUGAGUAGCAUUGGGGAAAGUAGUGGUAUGUGUUAAUUGUAGGGGUAUCCAUGUGGCUGGGGAUCAGAAAUGUGCCAUGCAAGAGAGGCAGGUUGAGGUUUCCAGGGUUAGAGUAGUGCAGAAGUUGUCAUAUGGUGAGGCAGCGAAGAAGGGUCAAGGGGGAGGGGAUCCUGAGAGGAGUAACAGAUCUGUACCAGUACAGAGGGAUAGGCCAACAAGUGAUAUAUGUUUCAGUAAGAUUGGAUUUUUGGCAUCUAUAGUAAUGGUUAUCAACUGUACUGCAGGGAUGAAACGUAAGUCGCAGAAAAUAGCGGUUGUGGUGGCAGCAGCAGAGAGGUAUUUUGGUAUGCGAGACUUGACAUCAGAAGAGUUACAGGGUGUGUUAAGUGGUGGUGUCCCAUCAUUUCAGACUGUUGGCCUAAAGUAGGAAUACAUAUAUUUAAAUAGUGGAGUAGGGUAUUUAUUAUUUGAGUCUAGUGUUAGAUGGUAGGGUAUUUGUUGUGUUUUUUUUUAUUUGAAAAAUAUAUAUUUUUUGAAGAUGUUUUUUUUAAUCAAAGUACAAGGGAGUUAUACUCCAGUCUAGUAGGUGGCGGUAAUGCAACAUUUAUUGGAUGCCAACCGCCUUUAAACAUCAUCGAAGAAUAAUAAAAAGUACGGUAGCCUAACACAGCCAACAGACCCAAGUCAAAAAUUGAUGUAGCCAUUUAGCUAGCUGGAGAAGUAAAAUAGAUAAAUUAUACUAGUUUGUUUGGUAGGUAGAUUUCACUCUAAUUCAUAAUUUGAUAUAACAAACAAAAAGAGACUUACACCGGUAAACGGCAAGAUGUGUUGGGAACGGGAUUGACUUGGGCACUGUCCUGUCCCCACAUGUUUCACUUAAGGAAUAUGCAGGUAGCUUUCUGUGGACCUGAUCUUGGCCCUGGUUAGUUUACCUUCUAAAUAGGUGGACUUCCAUUGUCACUUGAACUAGGCCGGGUUCUCCAUGUCCAUGUUUCGGCUCCGAGCUGUGACUGGGAGCCGCUACCUGCGCAGGUUUUUGCAUGGGGGAGCAGCGAACCGGGAUCAUGUUCUGGAGCAGCUUGGCAUCUGCUCUGGUGAAGACCAAGUGUUGGAAGUGGUCGGCAAGAACAAGGCCAAGCUGACUGUGAACCAUGUUGGCUGUGCCAUAGGCAUGCUCUGGCAUUUCCAGAAGGAGAAGCCACAGAUGCUGAGAACGGUUGAGUUCAUCAAAAGCCACCCAGAGUUCCUGACUCUCCGGGUGCUGGCUGAGAACAAAAUUGAGCUCAUGGAUGAUGUCAUGUUGGUGGACAUGCUCUACAAUGUUCUCAGGCUCAAUGUGGAACCAUCUGAUUCUCUUGCUCAGCAAUUGGUUUCAGAGGCCUGGCUCAGAUUAUACAGAUUUCCAAUGCCAUCACUGUCCAAGUUUGCUGUCUGUCUAAGUGAUCAACAUCUGCAGCACAGUCCUCCAAUGGGUCAAAUCACUGACAUUUUGAAUCAGAAACUCUCCUCAAUUGAUGAUGCCAGGAUCCUGACAACCCUGAUGGUCAGCGUGUCAUCUUUGGUGUCCCCUCAUCUGCGGGAUAAACUCAUCAAUAAGGCAGAUCAUCUCCUUGACACCAUGGAUCCCUCACAUUACAACAACCCCAGGAGGAUGGUGCAGUUCCUGCGCAACAUCAAGUAUAGUUACCGUCCCCUGCUGGAGAAGUGCAACCAUAUUCUCCUGCGCAAUGUUCCCCACCUAAAUGCAGAGAACAUAAGCAUCAUCAUGGGGCUCUACCAGUCAAUACAGUUCAACAACUGUGACUUCCGUCUGGCUGCAAAACAAAGGCUAAUGGAACUCGUGGACUCGAGCGCAGACCCUUUCUCAUUCACAAAGCUGUUUGUUGCUCUUGGGCCUAUGGCAGGGGAGGACACCAAAGAGAGGUUGGAGAGUACAGCACUGCUACUGGCAGAAGAUUUUAAUGCCCAUCAGGCCCUAGCUGUGGCAGAGACACUAGAGGAGAUUCAGUGUAGAAACCUGAAUCUGAUCCAAAAGAUUGCAUCAGUAGUCCACAAGAACCUGCAUGUCUACAAGCCCAUGGAGAUAGCCAGGAUCACACAAGCCCUGAUCCUGCUGCAUUACCAGAGUCCAGAGCUCUUCACUAAAUUAAGGAACAUUCUGGUUCAGUUCUUGCUGAACAGUGUCUACCCAUAUGAAGUGACCAUGCUGACUCGUGUUCUCUCCAUGCUGCCUUCACCUCGACUCGACGAAGGCGUCGUUUCACGGGUGGAGGCAGUGCUGCCCCAGUGUAAUCUGAAUGACCUGAACACCUUUGCAAUGGCCGUCGCUAAGUGGGUGCGAAAUGACCCGUCCUACCGACACAGCACGCCCAGCAAGUAUGUGCGUCUGCUACAGACACUGAACCGCUGCGGGCAUGAGCGUCUGCGCAAGGCUGAUCGCCUGGACUUGGUGUUGGAGGAGCUCAAGUACAUGUCAGGGGAAUGGUUUGAGGAGAUGCUGCUGGAGGAGACCAUGGUUACACUCCAGAGGUUGGAGGACCAGAUAUCCUGGACCAAUGUGCCUGAGAUGGCCCUUUUCCUGACCAGGACUAAUCACCUCUGUACUCCAUUAAUGGACCGCAUCGCUAGCGUGGCCAUGGAGAAUAUCAACAAGAUCCACUACUCAGCGACUUAUGCCACCUUGCUGCCCUUUGCCGUACUGAAUUAUGAUCCACCAGGAGUGGACGAGCUGUUUGACAUCUGCAUUCAGCGCGUCAUACCUCAUAUCAGUUCCUUUGACCCCCAUCUGCUUGUGCUUCUCGCGUAUGCCCUGGCUGUGGCUGACUGCUUCCCGGAGGACCUGGUUCGAGAAAUCUUCAAUGUGAAUUUCCUUGCCAAGCUGGAUUCCCAGUUAGAAACCCUGCCUGACGCCCUCAACAAGCGGAUCCGCCUGCGUCUCAUGGAGCUAAAUCGGGCUGUGUGUCUGGAGUGUCCAGAGUCCCAGGUUCCCUGGUUCCACGAGCGUUACUGCCUCCAGUUACAGAAGAAAGGGAAUGGUUCCAUCAGUCCUGUCCAACAACAAAUCCACAAAAUGCUUGGGGAAGUUCUUGGAGGGAUUAAUUGUGCCAGAGUGGCAUUGCUCACUACUUAUUUCUACACAGUAGACUUUGAAUGUGUUCUGGACAGACACCACCAGGCGGUGGCCUACAGUGAGCAGAGUCAGCUGCAGAUAUCUGAAGAUGGGAAGGUCCGCUGGGGUUCUGACUCUGUCGGGAAGGAUCGGAGUGAGGUCCCUCCAGGGGCACAACGUGUUGCUGUGGACUUCUUGGAUUCCAAAUCAUUCUGCAAAAACUCUCGUCACAUGAAAGGGGAAGCCAUGAUGAGAAAGAGACAUCUGGAGAUUCUGGGAUAUCAUGUUGUCCAGAUCCCUCAUUUUGAAUGGAACUCUAUGGAGCUCUCCACACAGGAUGCAUGGAAGGAAUACCUUCGGAAGAAGAUAUUUACCGGGCUUCCCUGAAGCACCUAGAUGUUGAAUGAAGGACACGUGUUAUAUUGCUUUUGCUACUGAACUGUGAGAGGAAAAAGUCUGCCUUUUAGAAAUGGAUAUUUGCAGGCAGGUCAUUGACUAUUAUUCUUUUAAGCAUCAGAUGUUUAUCAAGUGCUCCUUAUUGCCAACUCCAAAUCCUAAAGUGGACAUGGAGCUACCUCACCUCCUGCCAAGAAAAAAAAUGUAUCAGGCUUUUUAUAUGAACUGUGUCAUUUGUCAAAUAAUAAUAAUUGUUUGUAAUAAAAAAAAAAUGUAAAAGCUUUUUUUUGGUGGUUUUGAUUCCGCCAAUGAAUCUGUUCCACAUAAAUAUAAUACAUUGAGCAGGAAGACAAACCUUUAAGGUACAAACUUUACUUUCUUGCCCUUUUUUGUACCCUGUUUUGUUCUGCUACCAUGCUGUGUUGCUGCCAUGCUAUGUUGUCUUAGAUCUCUCUUUAUGUUGUGUUGUCUCUCUUGUCGUGAUGUGUGUGUGUGUUGUCCUAUUUUUUUUUUGCUGCAGCCCCCGUCCCUGCAGGAGGUCUUUAUCCUUUUGGUAGCUGGUCAUUGUAGAUAAUAA